ACAUGUAACGGUCACAGCCGGUAAAAGAUUAAUCUUUACUCUCUCUCCUAUCUUCUUCUCUUCACUCUUGUUUCUCUCACUUCAUCAACCUUCAAAAUAGAAAAAGAAGGAAAAACGGUGCAAUAGCAUUUGUUGGAAGAUUGAGUUCAAUAAUCUCAGUUGUUGAGCACUCUGAGAGGCCACCCUUUUUCCCGGAAACUAAAACUUUGUGUGGAAUUUUCAGGGAAAAAUAUAAAAGAAGAAGCAUGAUGAGAAUUGCAAAGGAAUGUGUCAGCUUUUUUUUUCCAUGUGGGGUGACUGAAAAAACUGAGCUUUGAAGCACCUGCUUUUUCCUUUUGAGGUUGCAGUGCAGACUCUCUCGUUUUCCGCAAUGCACAAUGGAAUCUCAGAGUUUCGAGGCUCUGUUUGAAACUUUUCAGCAAUUACAUGGAAUGCAAAAGCCCCCCUCUUAAACUUUGUGGUCAAAGGUGAACCCAUUUUUUUCUGACUUUUUUUAUCAUGUUGGUAAUUGGUAAACAGAACCCUAUUGAAUUCAGGUUUUUCUGGGUUUUGGGCUGAUUUGAAAUUUUGGGUUUGAGAGGGGUGGGAGUGAAGUGUUCAUGAGCUUCAUUAAGUUGAGGUCUUGAGUGUGUUGUUGGGAAAUUGAGGAUAAUUGAGUGAUACCCUAUGGCAGCUCUUCCUUCAAUUAGUGCAUUUUGAUGGUGAAAAAUUGAGAUCUGUUUUGGGAGUGUGGGGAGCUCAAUCACUGUGCACUUGGUGUUUGUCAAAAGUUGUAUAUUGGUUCUGGUUUUUAUGGUUAAUUUCUUAAGCCUUCAAGUAAUGGGAAAAGAAAAAGUUAAUUUUAUAGGGAGUUGAGGGAUAGUUAGAGCUUGAAGAAUUCAGUAGAGUGGUGAGAUAAGAUUUUUCAGGUGAUUGUGUUGUCAAGGGAAUAUUUUUAUCAAUGUCUGGAGCUCCCAGAUUGAGGUCUAUGAAUGUUGCUGAUUCAGAGGCAAGGCCUGUCCUUGGACCAGCAGGAAACAAGACAGGGUCUUUUAGUUCAAGGAAACCAGCUUCAAAGCCACUGAGGAAGGUUGAUAAGUUGCUGGAUGAAGUUGCAUCAGUCAAAGAAAAGAAACCUCAUCAAGUGUUGUCUUCAGUUGUCACUUCCUCUACUCAGUCACGUUCUGUCAGCAUUUCUUCUGUACUCCGCCCACACGAGCAGUUACUUCAUUCUAAUUUGUCUCUAAAUGCUUCAUGUUCAUCCGAUGCCUCUACAGAUUCAUUUCAUAGUAGAGCAUCUACUGGAAGAUUGACUCGGUCCUGUAGCCUAGGUAGAAGAAGGAAGGCGUACGUGUCAAAGCCAAGAAGUGUUGCUUCUGAUAGUAUGUUAGAAUCUCCGCAUGAUGGUUCACAAUCCAAGAUGAGGUGUGCUUGGGUCACUCCUAAUACUGAACCAAGCUAUGCUACUUUCCAUGAUGAAGAAUGGGGAGUUCCGGUACAUGAUGACAAGAAACUAUUUGAGCUUCUUGUACUUUCAAGUGUUCUGGCUGAACUCACUUGGCCUGCCAUUCUAAGCAAAAGACAUAUUUUUAGGGAAAUUUUUGCAGACUUUGAUCCAGUUGCUGUAUCAAAACUCAAUGAGAAGAAGAUGAUGGCACCAGGAACUAUUGCAAGCUCCCUACUUUCUGAACUUAAAUUGCGUGCUAUAAUUGAGAAUGCUCGUCAGAUAUCAAAGGUCGUAGAUGAGUUUGGGUCCUUUGACAAGUAUAUUUGGAGUUUUGUGAACCACAAGCCUAUAGUUAGCCGAUUCAGGUAUCCAAGACAGGUUCCAGCAAAAACCCCAAAGGCUGAUGUUAUUAGCAAAGACCUGGUAAGGAGAGGUUUCCGAGGUGUAGGCCCCACUGUGGUAUAUUCCUUCAUGCAGGUUGCUGGUUUAACCAAUGACCAUCUCAUCAGUUGCUUCAGAUUCCAGGAUUGUAUAGCCGUGGCCAAAGGGAAGGAUGAGAAUGGCAUCAUGGAUAACAAUGCUGGACAAAAGGAGAGUGAUAACGCCAUCGAAUCAGAUCUGUCCAUUGCCAUGGAUGAUUUGAGUUUCUCCUCAGAAUGAUGGUUCAACAAUGGUGAUAAUUUACUACUCUCUUAGCCUUAGAUUAAGUAAUGAUGGAGAGGACUGUGUGUAUAAAUCUCAUGCAGAGCCUAAGCAUGAUGGAUUCUUAGGUUGUAGUUUACUAAAAGCAGUAGUGGAUUGAAUCAAUUUGGUACCAUUUCUUCUGUACCAGGCUUUGGCCUAAGAAAUUGGUGUACAAUUUUUUGUACAGUUUAAAAGAUAACCAAUUCUUCUUGCUGUGU